AUGGCUUACUCCUCUAUGCCAGAGCCCAACCUCGAUGGGCUGGGCAUCUUCUGGAUUGUCUGGACCUUCAUCUGGACCUUCAUCGUUGUCAGCGGCAUGGCCUUCCUUUGGCGCCAUCGCGACAUGCCCAUGCUUCGAAUUCGCGACCUUCCACUUACCUUUGUCGCCAUAAUAAUGCUCCACAUCUACUGGGGCGCCGUUCAGACUGGUUAUGUCUACUUCCCACUAUUCACUCCCGGGGGCGAGUACUGGAUCAUGAGUAUUUAUUUCCCUAUCGGUAUCGCCUUGUUUCACGCCUCGAAUAGCCGCUUUUUGCACGUCGCCAAGCACCAGAAGGAGCUAUUCGCUUCGGAUGAGAAUACCUAUAGCAGGCCUCGUGCGAGACGGGACUCUUGGCUUGGAAAAUUUCAGGCCCUGGGUUACACCAAGAAGAUUCUCGUGACAAUUGGGUUGGGCAUGAUUGUACAGUUCAUCCUCACAAUCAUCAUGUGGUGCAUCUCCAAGAAGUUCCAUCCCAGCUGGGGUGUUGCAGGUACUGAAGUCCAUCCGGGUUCUAAGGAGUACGAAAAGUCUCAGAUGGGCAAAGGUUGGGAAUGGUGGCCUUCUGUAUUCUGGCAAUUUGUCUGGGCAUGGAUCGUCGCUCCUUACAUCCUCUGGCAGUCUCGUGGGAUCAAUGACACACAGGGAUGGAGGACUCAGACCAUUGCUUGUUGUAUUGCCAACCUUCAUGCCACUCCUAUGUGGCUCGUCAGCUUGUAUGUCCCAGCUAUGGAACCUAUUAACGCCUACUGGAUUCCUCCCCAAUGGCUUGCCACCUCCAUCAUGGCCAUUGAGAUCUUCACAAUCUUCUGGCCCUGCUGGGAAGUCCUCCAGCACCAAACCCUACGACAAGAGACUCUUGACUCCAUUGCCCAGUGGCAGCUUAACAAAAGGCUGUCACUCAUGGGCGGCUCAGGCAAGAGCAGUACUUCAGGUGAGAGUAUUCUCACCAUGGAGGCUCUCGAGUAUGUCCUUGAGCGAAACCCCGAACCUCUUCAGCAAUUCUCUGCCCUUCGCGACUUUUCUGGCGAGAACAUUGCCUUCUUGAGAGCUGUCACCGAGUGGAAGUCUUCACUACCGCCCUCGGUCCGCGACCCCGAGAACAUCAAAGGGCCUGCUGUCCAAGAACUCGUCCGUGAACGCUUCAACAGUGCUCUACGCAUUUACACCAACUUCAUCAGCCCGCGCGACGCCGAGUUCCAGAUCAACAUCUCCUUCCAACAGCAGUGCAAGCUCGAGACAGUGUUUGAGAACUCUGCUCGUACCCUUUUCGGCGACAAGGGCACCGUCGACCCAGCUCUGCCAUUUGAGACAUUCCAGAUGACCACAACAGCGAACAAAGCCAAGUCUUCUGGCGCUUCAUUAAACGGUUCCGAGACUGUUAUAAUGUCUACAGAAUCCGCCAACGACUCUGGAAGCUAG